AUGGAGCCAGAAGCCUUAGAAAUUUGCCCUUACAACCCUCACCACCGAAUCCCGCUCAGCAGGUUUCAGUACCACCUGGCAUCAUGCAGGAGAAAGAACCCCAAGAAAGCCAAAAAGAUGGCCAGUUGCAAGUACAACGCCUGCCACGUGGUCCCCAUCAAAAAGCUGGAGGAGCAUGAGGCUGCCUGUGCCAACAGAAGCACCGUGGAGGAGGAGGACACACUGAAACCUCUGAAAGUUCUUCCAAGUCCACAGCAGAAUGGAAAACCCCCCCAGACUUUUGUCCCCCAAAAGCUUGUUUGUGAAAGCGACACAAGAGAGUCAGAGAGAGAGAACACGGCAUCCCUGACCACCACCAAGAAGAUCCUUAGACCAGGAGAGUAA